CCUCCUCUGGGAGCAGCAGAAUCUCACAGUGACCACAGUACAGGAUCUGGAUUACAUGUUUCCAGCCCACUUAGAUCUGUAGAGGACACUUUAAUUUUUCAUUUUCUGAUGCUCAAACAAACAAGCAUUUAUUUUUUAAUUUUCUCUUAAUUAUCAUCCAAUGAGAGUACAGAUGACUGUCUCUGAGGCGGUCUGAAGAUUGGAAUCAUGUCACUGAUGUUCGGGAAGAUGAAGACAUGUAACUCUGCUGACAGAAGUCCAGCUGAGUGUAACCUGGUGCUCCUCGGGGUUCAGGGCUCUGGGAAAUCAGCUCUGACAGUGAAAUUCCUCACAAAGCGCUUCAUCAGUGAAUAUGAUCCUCAUCUAGAGGAUGUCUACUCCUCAGAGGUGGUCGUGGACCAGCAGCCAGUCAUGGUGAGAGUGAUGGACACCUUUGACCAGGAGGGUCCAGUGAACAGUGAGCGUUAUCUGUCCUGGGCCAACGCCUUCCUCGUGGUCUACAGCAUUGACUGCAUGGAGAGCUUUAAAGGCAGCCAGCUGUAUCUGCAGAUUCUCUCCCUGCACAACAAGACCUUCAGGCCUCGAACUCCCAUCAUCCUGCUGGGCAACAAGCUGGACAUGGACAGAUACAGACAGGUGAGUCAGUGUGACGGUCAGGCCCUGGCGUCUCGUUUUGGCUGUUUGUUCUUCGAGGUGUCGGCCUGUCUGGACUUCAUGUCUGUGCAGCAUGUCUUCCACGAGGCUGUGAGGAGGGCGAGGUCAGAGGGGGGGCACGGUCGUCUGGCAUCAGCCGUCUACGUCAGUGAGGACAAGGCGCUCAUUGGUGUCCCGUCCUUCACCACUCCCUACAAGGAGCUGCCGGCCCCCACCACUGCCAAGCUGGUGACUGUGAAGACAUCCAGAGCUCAGAGGAAACGGAGGGCCACCACACUAACCCUGCUCAAGGGCCUCAAGAUUUUCUGACCCCCCAACACUCUCCACGCUGUGAAAGACUUAUUAGAUAACAGUGAAUAACAUGAAGAGCUGUAUAUGUACAUCUGACCAAUGAAAAACCAGAACAAACAAACAAACAAACAAACAAACAAACAAACAAACAAACAAACAAACACUCUCCUCUGUCUCCUCUUGUCGUGUGUAUGAUUCUUCAUGUCAAGACCACAAAGACACACAGUUGUUGCAGAGACUGGAGAGGCAGCAGCACGGGGCUUUUCACCCUAAGUGGACGUUUGGAUAAGAACCCAUCACAUGUGGUCAGAGAACAUGUCAUACAGUUUAAUGUGCUUCAAGAAGAGUCUGUCUUAUUAACCUGUGAUAACUUUAUUUAGCGCUUCACUGAGAAUUGCUUACAGGAGUCUUUGCCAAGACAACAGCAGCAGCAACACAAAACACAGAGGUCAUAGUCCGUAACAGAGACUUUAAACUAAUAUUAAAAUAGAAAAGAACAGUCCAGUGUCAAACAGAUAUGAUCUGAAGAAAAUGUAAAGUUGAUAAAAUGACAGCAGUCAAUAGAGUGCAAUACACUAAUACACUGCAUGAGAUACUGUGAUGGAUUAAAACUCUUAUAUACAUGAUACCAUCAUAAUCAAAUAUCACUAAUAAUCAGUCAAUACAAUUUUGACCAAAUGAAAAUUGAAAGUUCCUGAAGUUUAAGAUCUGACUCGUUCCACCACGAGGGAGCAGCUUCAGUCAAAGAACUUUGUUCUUACCACUGAUGUGUAGAAAGCUGCAAUACAUCAUUUGAUCUGUUGUCAAUAACUAAUCAUCAUGUAUGGAGAAAGACAAUCACAUCAGAAGAACGAGCUACAUGGACGGAGACACAGAAACAUCAGAUUGAUUGAUUGAUUGAUCUGAUCUGAGAGUGUAUUUGUACCCAGGUGAGAACAGUCACACGAUAUUCAAAUAUUUACACCUGGCAGCCCCACCCCCUCACCUCUUGAUCCACAAAAACUCCUUUAAUGUUAUCAGGUGCAAAUAGCAUGGUUAGCUAUGCUUGUUUCUGCCAUGAUAUUUACACUGUGUUCACACCAGGGUGUAAAACACAUUCACACCAGGGUGUAAAUAUCAUCUUUAAUAAUGUAUUGAUGUUUGAAUGUUGUAGGCAGAUGGAGCCAGCAGGGGGAGCACUCCUCAGCACAUACAUAUAUUCAACAACUGGUAAAGGUGAUCACUUCCUGUCAUUAAACCAUCAGUUUAUAUCA